AGAGAGGAGGAAGGGCCAAACCACACAUCCUAGAGGCAACAGGUUCUUCCGGACACAGCCUAACUGUGCCCUCCAGUGGACACAUCCCGCGUUUAGAGGCGCAAUCAGUCAUCCAUGUUCAGGGCAUUUUCCCACUUUCGUUUUCCAGUGCGGAUCAGUUGCUGUCUUCUCAUAAGAAUAUUCGCCAGCAGCAAAAUGUUGCCCGGUUUAAACUUUGUUCUGAGGAAGUGCAGCAACACUUCCCUAUCAGCCAUCUCGUCUCCUCAGUGAAGACGCAGCAGGGCAGUGCGCUUGGUUGGGCAGCGCUGAAGGAAGCAAAGCGUGGCGAGGAAGAGGUCACCUCCACUGUGCCACUUUGGUGUGGGCCCCAUCAGCAGCCCAAACUCCAUUACUGCAGUAUGGGCAACUUUUCAAGCAAGGACAGCCAUGGACCAUCAGGGGCCCAUGGGGAUAGUUUCCACACUCCUCCUGCUUCUCCACAGAGUGAUGGGCCUGCUUUCAUGCCUGGUGUCACCCAACUCCUUCACCCUACCACACCUAAGCCUUCCCCUGCAGCCUCAGUUUCAUCUCAACCUCCAGUCCCGGUCCUCACAUCCAGCGGGAAGAAAACACAGUCCAGCACUUCCGCUGCCAGUUCCAGUCCCCCUCCUGAUUGGAGGUCUCAUCCACCAGUCAGCUCAAAUGUCUCCGCCAUUAGCCCCGGAGUUAGCCCGGUGCACAACAAGCCAGGAAGUACUGUGGUUAAAGGACAAUCUGCCUUGGGGUGGAAUGGGCGUCUUCCUUCCUCCACCUCUUUGUCUCCAGUCUCCCAGGGGCAGAGUGUGGCUGUCAGCCCUACAAAGAGCUUUUCUUCUCCAUGUAGUCCUUCACCUGUGGUGGGUAGCCCAUCAGGGCAGAACUGGAGAGAAAAGGACAGUGGUCUGAGUCAGUCCUUACUGCCCAGUCACGAAGCUGGGGACACCCAGGGUGAGGAGCUGGAAAAGCUUCUGGAAGAGUGUAAAACAACACUGGGUAUCACUGCCAGUCAGGAUGGGGCCACAAACUCAGCAGAGAUACUGAAGCAUCUACUGACAGAAGUGAAGAGUUUGAAGAGUACUUUGCAGACGGAGCGUGGGGAAUGGCUACAGUUCCAGGCUGACCUACAGGUGGCGGUGUCAGUGGCAGACCGUCUGAGAGCCGAGGCAGAAGAAGAGCUGACUACUCUCCGAACGGCGCACAAAGAUGUCGAGAAGGAGCUGGCUGCUGCCCAGCAGAGACAGAAGGAGGCUGAUAUGAAACUGCUCACCCUGAGAGAGGAGUUAAAGGAGAGCAGGCAGCGACUGGCUACUCUCAAACAGGCUCAAGGCAAAACUGACACACCGGCUCCAUGUCAGGAACCAGAGAGGUCCAAUGGAGAACCAACCAACAGCUCUGAAAGCAAAGAAGCAACCCAGAAGGGCAGGGAGAGGGCGGUGUACAGGUUGGGGCAAGAUGGGAUGGAAAGUAGGAGUCAGAAUGAAUUGAUGAAGAAUGUUGCAAGCGAGGAGGCCAGAACAGACUGUAAAGGUGUGACCAAGCGUUACCUGAAAAAUGUGAGCAAUGAAGAUAGGAGCAGAGAGGAGGUGCGAGCCAGCGAGACACGAAGGGCGGUAACCACAGAGAGGUCAAGAAGCCUGUCCAGAUUACCUGCUUCCCCAGGCCCCCCCACCAUGCAGAAUGGAACUUCCCAGUCCAAUACUGCCUCAACAGUUGGACCUACAAACAAGAACUUGGGGCAGCCGAGAGGCAGAAGAACUCUGGAUUGGCAAGAUAGCAAGUCAAACACUGACACAGGAAAACGUGAGGAGUCUCUAAACAAGUACAACUCUGCCACGACUGAGCUGCCACCCACCAAGUCCCAGGAUGGUUUCAACCUGCUGCUACGUCGCCAUGGAGGCUCAAAGAGAAACUCUCUGCUCCGCUGGUGUCAGAGCCGAACACAAGGCUACAAGAAUAUUGACAUCACCAACUUCAGCAGCAGCUGGGCCGAUGGUCUUGCCUUUUGUGCUGUCUACCACACCUACCUCCCCUCACACGUCCCUUACAGCACUCUUACUCCAGAGAACAAGAGGGAGAAUCUCUGUCUGGCAUUCAAAAUAGGAGAGACUGUUGGGAUUGCACAAACCCUGUCAAUAGAGGAGAUGCUGAGAGCAGGCGGUCCUGAUUGGCAAAGGGUCCUGAGCUAUGUGGAGAGCAUCUACCGUCACUUCGAGAUGUGACUGCUGGAGGUACUGAUUGACAAUCCCUCCUAAGUGGACCCUUUAGGACUGUCAAAGGAAACAAUAUAAGUUGUUUAUAAUGAUGGCUCCCUGAAUACUAUAUUAUACCUUUUGUUGGGUGUCUGAAACCUGGAGAAACCGAUGUUUUUCUGUUAGUAAAAAAAGACAUACAAUUUGCAGCUUUUUGAUUUCAAAAUAAUAUUUGCUUAAAUGAAGUCCUGCAGCCAAAAUGAAAGAGUGCAGCAUCAGCUUUGCAUACUCUGGUUGUUGCCAUUAAUUUUAACUUUAUAGGUCCUUGUUCAGACAAGAAAAAGAGUGUGUUAAAUGUUAGUGCAUUGCACAUAUUUACAGUAAUUAAUGACAGACACAGCUAAGAGGAUGUGUUUGUAACACUGGAUGAAAAACUUUCCUGAUUACCUUUCAUCACUAAAUCAUUAAAGAUUAUAUUAAUACCUGAUAAAGACUUAAUGUCAAAACAUUUUUAAUUUGCCGCUUUGGAUUGAAGUUCCUUCUGCUUGGUUUUCUGUCACACAAUUCAGAAAAUGUCCACUGACCAGGGGGAGGCUAUGGAAGUGAUGAGAGGCAAAGUAUUAAGUUUUGAUUGGUUUUGUACCACCGGCUCCGUAGCGGGUAUUACAUUUUUUUGUUUGUAUGCAUUCCUGUGUCUUUCAUAUACUUAAUCUGCUGACAUUUCACAUAGUGUGAAGAAUUCAGAAACAUUGAUUAGAUUGAGUGAAAAGUGCUGUGGGGAGAAUCUGACCAACUGAGAAGUAGGGGAAGGAUUAACAAAACACGAAAGAUAAUCAUUGCCCCUAUAUAAAUUCAGAAUAUUUGGAUCUUAUGUAUAGUAUCCCUUUGACUAAAGUGUAUGUACGGUAGAGUUGCUGUAAAUGUCUCCACACUGGUACUUCACUGGCCAAAAGUACUGUAUUACAUCAUGUCCUUCAUCAAAUCUAAUAACUGUCUUUAAACUGCACAUUGUUUUAUCAGCCAGAAUGUUUUGCCUUCUAACCUUUUCUGUGAUGCUCUGACAACACAUUUUCCUGGACCUUUUAACACUCUGUAAAUAUGCACUUCGUUGGUUUAAGAAUGUAUAUUAUGUAAUAUGUUACACUGCUGCUGUAGUAGGUAGGCAUUCAAUAUCAAGGCUGCAGACCAGUGAAAAGGUUUGUCAAGAGCAGAUUUCUGCUUUUGAAAAACACACAGAAACAGACAGAGACCGUGUGUGGCAAUGAUACAAAUCAAAAAAGUGCCUCCAUGCUCACACGUGUGCCAGUGCUGUUUAGGUGCUCAGGUAUGUGUGCAUCACAGGCGUGACAUAGCGCAAAAGCAAAUACAAGCCUACACAGGUUUGCACAUCCGGUUGCAAUAUUAUUCCAUGUCACACCUGCGUCCCCACAGAUGCACAAGCACACCCUCCUACUACACCACUGCUGGGGGAAAAAAAAAAAACUGGUUUGUUUCAACAAGUUUAAAGCAGAGUAAGUUGCAAAAGUCGUACGUGUCAAAUGUUGUUUUCCAACUCCUUUUCUGUGGAAAUAGACCAUUGUAAAACCUGUUUAUAUGUAACUAGUGUGAAAAUAUAUAUACCAAAGAAAUAAAAGUGUUAAUAUGAAGCAAAUAAAACUGUAUGGGUGUAACCCUUUCAAAGUAAA